AUGGGCAAUGCGGUGCCUCACAGCCUGCUGCUGGCGGUGGUGGUGGCGGCCCCGCUGUUCUUAGGCGACGGCGGUGAGGCACUGACGGAGGCCGUGGCGGAGCUGCUGAGCCCCGUGGGUCUGCUCCUCCUCUCCGUCUUCGACAGGUCCCCCGACGCCGUCCACCGUGUGGGAGGCUCCCCCGUCGGCGUCUCCUUCAUGCUCCUCCUCAUCCUCGCCUUGCUCUACUACCACUCCUCGCUCUGCCCACCUCCUCGGGCGGCGCGGACGGAGCACGGCGGCGCGGAUGGAGCUCGAAUCCACGACGGAGAAGGCGCCAAGACGUGGAUCCCCCUUUGUGUCGACAUGAGGUAG